AUGUUACUCGAAAUGGGUCCACAUAAACUGAGGUAUCUGUGGCAUUCUGGGAAACAUUGUCCUUACUGUGUGUGUAAAGUGGUGGGGAUGGGGAGAAUUCUGGGGUGUCUGAUGCCAGCGGCUCUGCUGAUUGGCUCAGCCCUCUGUAUGGGUGUGGUCAGUCUAACCCUAAACCACACCUCCAGGGUGCGAGUUCACAAAGGGAGGAGCUUCACACUAACCUGCAUGAACACAACACAUGCAGGUGAGAUAACACACACACAAGACUACCUUUGUGGAAUGUCCCCGUGCCCCUGUUAUACUGGUGUGUGUGUAGGAGUGGUCCAGUACUGGCACACCCCGUUCGGUCGGGUCCAGAACAGCAGUCUUCAUGCCAACCAGAAGGAUGUGGUUGCUAUGCAACGAGAUGGUAGCCUGCAGAUCCACAUCGCCUCUCCUCACCACAGCGGCCUGUACUACUGCCUCCUACUGGCCGGAAGACAAACUACACUCACACCCUACCUGCUGUAAGUACUGUUGUAAGGCAGUCAUGUUGUGUUAAUACAGUAGCGCACUAUAUAAUAGGGUGCCAUUUGGGACUAACACAUUCAUUCACUCUUUACCUCCCUCAAGACUGCCAGCAGUCGACAGGACCAUGCGGUCGAAGACAGGUGGGCGGUCAGGAGUGUUCUGGGUGGUUAUGGAAAGGAGAGGGAUGUUGCCGUGGUUUCUGACGAUGUGUUUGCGGCGGCGGUGACGUUCCUGGUGGGGUUCAGCUCUGGAGCUCUGAGCAGGACUCUACUGGACAGGUACAUGGCUUUAUCUACCUAUAUUAAACAUCUAUUCACCUUUAUUUUACAUUCGAUAAAGAUGAAGUUCAGUAUUUUACAACUUCAUGUUAGAUGGUUCCUUACCCUGAAAGUAGAAUAUGGGCCAGGAGAAACUAAAUCAUGGUUAGCUUAAACUUGUAGUGGUUGUUUAAAGAAAACCGAACCAUGGAUUAGUUUCUCUUGGCCCAUAGACUGCUUUGAGUGACAGUAGUCUAGUUGUAAAACACUGAACUUCGCAUUUAAACAGAAUCAAUAUUAAAUACAGAUAAAUUUUACCACCACUCCUUCUCUAAGGUGUGUGAAUUGGGUGUGGUCGCUAUGA